GGGACCAUUUCUAUGUCCCCUGCUUUUGAAUUUAGCGAACCGUGUCGCUAUGCGAUUCUAUACACAUCAUAUGGCUGGUGAUGUAAGCAUUUUUGUAACAAUUAAGUAAGCGCUUCCAGGCAGCGAUACCAUUCGCGCUGGCUGCGUCCGGAUCGUAUCAUCUCCCUGAACCUUUCCUUCUAACGUUUCAAAAGUUUGAACAGUUACUGUAAUUAUAUACAUUUGGACUGAACAAAAAUAAAGAGCGAGGAAGUACCGCUAUGUGGUAGGGUAGUAGUCAUUUCAGCGCAUCAACUCCAAUACUGUAGUUACGAAACUUCGAAACGCACGUUUUGUAAUCGCGCUCCGUUAGCCAAUCAGAGCGCAGAAUCGCGGGUCACGUGAUGCUGCUUUAUAUAACCCACGGGUGUGGGGAAGGGGUACAGCCGCUGUCUAGUAAGUUCUUCUGGGUGCUCAAAAAUGUGUGUUGCUGGGCCAACGCACACUGAACCGAAAUGUUUCACAAAUCGUGAGUAGAAAUACCAGACACUGCACUGUGUCACCGAAAGCAUGUCUGUCCCAAAUUCCGAUGCUGAGGAGAUUCUGGAGGAGAAAGCCGGAUUCUUCAUCGCUCCCAGUCUGGACAGCGAAUGGGAAGACGACACCGUAGACCAUCAGAGACUCAUUUUGCAAAGAGCUGAUGCACUGGCGUCGGAAAACCGUCUUAAGGAAGCCCUCGAUGCGUUUUCAACCGCUCUGAGAUACGGGUCCGUCAGGCCCGAGCAACUUAGCACUUUACUGGAUUGCGUCCUGCGCAACUUCAAAAAGAGGGCUGGAGACGCUGCGGCCGCGCAGGCGAGCGCCGCAACGCGGGGCUUUGGCAGACCCAGCACCGCUGAUGCGUUCAGUUGUCCGGCUUGUCACAGAUUCCUUGGCGAAGCUGUGACAGUUGCAUGCGGACACUCCUACUGCAAAAGAUGUUUACAACGCGAUCUGUUCACCAGAUGCAAGCUUUGCAAUGAGGAGCUUGCAGACUCGCCCGGGGGACUGAGACCAAACGUGAUUCUCUGUAGCCUGUUAGAGAAGUGGUUUCCCGAUGACACCAAAAGGUGUAAAACAGCCGCGGACAUUGAAGAUCUGUCCAAGCAAAAACGAUUCGAGGAGGCUGCAACGCUAGCCAAUAAUGCGCUGGAGUCAGAUCCCGGUGAUACCCUGGCUCGCACGUGCCGAGCUGAGGCCUUCGCCGGACUCGAGCAGUACCAAUCUGCUCUCAGCGACCUGGAGGUGCUGUGCGUGAGCUCGGCUCACCGGCCAGAGGCUUACUUCCUGAAAGCCGGGGUCCUGAAGGAGAUGGGCCAGGUGGACGAGGCCUUGCAGGUGUACCUCCACUGCCUGGCCCUGGACGAGGACUUCAAACCCGCCAAAAAGGAGGUGGAAAAGAUCUUCCACGAGCUGCUCUCGCCUGCUGCUGAAAACGUCAAGGUGGGCCUUCGGGAGACGGCCCAGAGCACCUCCCACCACUUGCGCAGCAAGACCCUGGUGGCCGACGCCCAGACUGCCCCGGCCCCACCCCGCCCAGACCCAGAGGAGAAACGAGGCGCCCCGAGCCGGUCCGAGAGCCUGGAGCGGCCCGGUCUGAGCCGGGCGCAGUCGCUGCGGACCCACGGGCCCCCGGGCGGGGCGGCGGGGGGCGAGGAGGGCCUGAAGAGGGUGUGCUCCGCCCCCCAGCUGGGCGACCAGGAGAAAGGGACGCUGCUGAAGAGGAAGCUCUCUGCCUCGGAGGCCGGAUCCUCCCUGAUCCACAGCCAGGGAAACAAACACAAGAAGCAAGGAGAAGCCGGGGUAGCCGCCAAACACACCAGCGUGCCUUCCAGAACCAUUCCUGUGGAAUUGCUGGAGGCCAACGACUUUGAGUGCUCCCUCUGUAUGAGGUUAUUCUAUGAACCCGUGACCACGCCCUGCGGACACACCUUCUGUAAAAGCUGUCUGGAGCGCUGCCUGGAUCACACCCCGCAGUGUCCUCUCUGCAAGGAAAGCCUCAAAGUGUACCUAGCAUCUCGGAAGUACAACGUCACGUCCGUGCUGGAGAAUGUGAUGAAGCAGUAUUUGACCGAAGAGCACUUGGAGAGGCAGAAGAGCCACACGGAGGAGACGAAGGAGCUCUCGGACUUGACGAAGAGCGUCCCGAUCUUCGUGUGCACCAUGGCGUACCCCACGGUGCCGUGCCCCCUGCACGUGUUCGAGCCCCGGUACCGCCUCAUGAUCCGCCGGUGCAUGGAGACCGGCACCAAGCAGUUCGGCAUGUGCGCCAACGACCCGCGCAAAGGGUUUGCGGAUUACGGCUGCAUGCUGCAGAUCCGCAGCCUGCACUUCCUGCCGGACGGCCGCUCGGUGGUGGACACGGUUGGGGGGAAGCGGUUUCGGGUGCUGUCCCGCAGCAUGAAGGACGGCUACUGCAUCGCCGACAUCCAGUACCUGGAGGAUGUGCGGGUGGACGAUGCUGAGGAGCUGUCCAAACUCCAGGAGCUGCACGAUCAGGUGUAUGAACAGGCUCGCACCUGGUUCCAGAACCUGAAGAACCGCUUCCGGGGCCAGAUCCUGCAGCACUUUGGACCCAUGCCAGAGAGAGAGGCCGACAUUCAGGCCACUCCGAACGGACCGGCCUGCUGCUGGUGGCUGCUGGCGGUGCUGCCUGUGGACCCUCGCUACCAGCUGAGCGUGCUCUCCAUGAUGUCCCUGCGGGAGCGGCUGGUGAAGAUUCAGCACAUCCUCACCUACCUGCAGAGCAUCCCCAGCGAGUAGAUACUCCCUGCCCCGCCCCGCCCCGCCCUGCCUGAC